UACAUAUUGUGCUACUAGUCAAAGGUCGCUCAUUCACCGACAACCAACAAUAGGUGCACUCCUAUAGGGACAUUAAGAAGUGGAAUAAUACCCUCAAAAAACAGUAAUUACAAGAAAGAAGGGUGCGACGACCAUGGAUAUGCUGGAUGAAGCAAUUACGGAAGUCAACAGAAAAAUUGAGAGGGAAAGAUCGGUGAUUCAUGGAGCCCUUUCGAUGAAACGUUUGACGCAAAAUCCGGUGGUUCAUCAACAGCUUCAUAGCAAUAUUGAGGAAGCAAAAAAGAGCAUAAUUUAUCUUGAAGAACGUCUCGGAAAACUGCAACUUCGAAAGUCAGGGAGCGUCACUUCGAAGGGAUCCUCAGAACAGACGCUGAAACCUCAAUAUUCUAAUCCAAAAUCAUCUAAAAGUGUAUCUUCAAGUCUAUCUAAUGUUGACUCCAAUUUGGAUUUGUUGAACUAUGAUGCACCUUUGACGAUUAACAAAAUCUCGUUUCUGUUGCAACAGUUGGAAUUCAAGCUUUCGGUUGAGGAACAAUAUCGAAGAGGUAUUGAAAAAAUGGCAAAAUUAUACGAACGAGAGCACGAUCGGCGAAGCAUUGCAGAGGCUGAAAAGAAGUAUGAAGAAAGUGCUCAAAAAAUCAGUUUACUUCGACAUUCAUUAAAACGUUACCAUGACUUACAUAUUGAGAUUGAUGAAGAUGAUGUCCCCACAAAUGAAAGUCGAUUAAACCUGAAUGCUCGACGACCUCAAUCCGGCUUACUCAAAAUAGGUGUGCAUUCCAUACGAAAUGUUUCUCAUUCUGCUGGAUUAUCUAAACACACGGAGACAAUUGUAGUCAUUCGUGCUGAAGACCUUGAGCGCGCGAGGACGAGAAGUAGUCGUGCUGGUAAAUUUUAUGACAACUUCGAAAUAAAUCUCGAAAAAACUAACGAAGUGGAGAUUAUUGUUUAUGAAAAAAAGAAUGAGAAAGUAUUACUACCUGUUGCAUUGCUAUGGGUCCGUCUAUCAGAUUUGGUUGAAAAACAACGUCGUAAAAAAGUUGAGCAAGAAGUAUCCGACAAAGGUUGGGUUAGCGCAGAUCAUAUGCAGAAUCAAAGGUUAUCCAUGUUUUUACCGUCAUCAUUAUCUUCGUCUAAGCCAGAGGAUGCCGUUUCAAAAUCUCCUGAAGGAAAUUCUACUGUAAAUGCUUGGUUUUCUUUGGAGCCUUUGGGUCAAAUUCAUUUGACCAUGAAUUUUACGAAAAACAAUGUUCGAAAACGUCCUUUCGAUGCAGGCCUAGGUCGACAAGGUGCAAUUCGUCAACGCAAAGAGAGCGUGCAUGAGGUUUACGGACACCGUUUCUUACAACACCAAUUUUAUCAAAUUAUGCGCUGUGCUUUAUGUGGUGAAUUUUUGAAAAGUGCCGUAGGUAUGCAAUGUAAAGAUUGUCUUUACACAUGCCAUAGAAAAUGUUAUUCCAAGGUUGUAACGAAGUGCAUUUCUAAGUCUAGUGACUCAUUUUCAAGUGAGUAUGAGAAAAUUAAUCACAGGAUACCACACCAUUUUGAAUCUCAUACUAAUAUUGGAGCAAAUUGGUGCUGUCAUUGUGGUUAUAUUCUACCUUUCGGUCGUAAAAAUGCUAGAAAAUGCACAGAAUGCGGGAUUACAGCACAUGCUCAGUGUGUCCAUCUUGUUCCUGACUUUUGUGGAAUGUCAAUGGAAAUGGCUAAUCGUGUCCUUUCUGAAAUCCGUACUACUAAACAAAAAGCGACUAAUCUUAAUAAGAAGCCUAACAAUCUUGCACCUACUUCAAAGACAGCAUUUUCUGAAGACAAAGCUAGUCAACCUUCCCAGGUGAGUACGGUAAAUGAAUCUCCUCCUACCCCUACAUCUCAGAAGUUUUCAAUUGAACCGAUAAAAAGAAAGCCGGUCCAGGCUGGUGCAAUAGAGCUAAUAGGUAAAAAGGAUACAAAAGAACAAGUUCCCGAUGAAUCAGAUAUUAAAGAAAAAGGUAAUAAAAAGGAAGAAGAGGUCCCUGUGAAGGGUGUGAACACUAUAGUCUCUUCUCGCGACGCUUCUGUCCCUGAUGUGACUCCUGAUGGAAAACAAAAAAGAAUUGGCUUGGAAGAUUUCAACUUUUUGACUGUCUUAGGAAAAGGAAAUUUCGGAAAGGUUAUGCUCGCCGAAUACAAAAGCAACAAGGAAUUGUACGCAAUCAAGGUGUUGAAGAAAAAGUUUAUUCUUGAAAAUGAUGAAGUUGAAAGUACCAAAUCUGAAAAACGUGUUUUCCUUGUGGCUAACCGUGAGCGCCAUCCAUUUUUAGUAAACCUUCACUCUUGUUUCCAAACAGAGACAAGAAUAUAUUUUGUAAUGGAUUUUGUUAGUGGUGGUGAUUUAAUGUUACACAUUCAACAACAACAGUUUUCUAGACGUCGUGCUCAAUUUUAUGCUGCAGAAGUAUGUUUGGCAUUAAAAUAUUUCCAUGAUAAUGGCAUCGUCUAUCGAGAUUUGAAGUUGGAUAACAUUUUGUUAAGUCCUGAUGGUCAUAUUAAGGUAGCAGAUUACGGACUUUGCAAGGAAGAUAUGUGGUUCAACAACACAACGGCUACAUUUUGUGGUACGCCUGAAUUUAUGGCUCCUGAAAUUCUGUUGGAACAAAACUAUACUCGCAGCGUGGACUGGUGGGCAUUUGGUGUACUCAUAUAUCAAAUGCUUCUUGGUCAAUCCCCAUUUAGAGGAGACGAUGAAGAAGAAAUUUUUGAUGCUAUUUUGUCUGAUGAACCUUUAUAUCCAAUCCAUAUGCCUAGAGAUUCUGUUUCUAUUUUGCAAAAGCUGCUCACGCGAGAUCCUACGAAGCGUCUCGGGUCCGGUGAGAAUGAUGCAGAAGACGUUAUGGCCCAUCCCUUCUUUAAUAACAUUAAUUGGGAUGAUAUUUAUCAUAAACAAACCCAACCACCUUAUAUCCCUCAACUUGAUUCACAGACGGAUACCAAAUAUUUUGAUGAAGAAUUUACUAGAGAAUUACCUGUUUUGACGCCAGUCCAAUCAGUUUUGACCGAUAAAAUGCAGGAGGAAUUCCGCGGUUUUUCUUACUUCAGCCAUGAUGAUUCAACAUCUGUUAAAGCGUAAUAUUUUCUACCUGACAUGAUAAAAAGUUCGCUGUAAUAUUUUAUUUUAAUUUUGUUGUCUUAAUAAAAUAAUGAAAUGAUGCCUCCUCCCUUUUUGACUUCGCAUAGUGCAAUAACAUAUUUGAUGAAUAAUGUCUCACGAUCUUUCAUCCAUUAUGAAUAGUUACCUUUACUUUAAAUUAGUUUUGGAAAAUUUUAUAUAUUUUAAAGUCUCC